CGCGUCUCGAGCACAGUUUACUGGGUUCAAACUUCAAUCAGUUUACUUCGUCCUCUAUUUGCAUGAAACAUUACAUGGGAUCCAAUCCACACCAUGCCAGAAACUACUAAACGCAGGCUACUACAUGAUAACGAGCUCGUGGAAGACUCCGAACCCGAAAGGGAGGAAAAAAGGCAACAGAUGAGGGAGCAAACAAGGAAGAAGAAACGUUUGCGGCUGGACCCAUCAUGGGCUGAUGUAGAGCAAGAUGUUAUUGAGUUAACUGAUACCGAACUUGAUCCUUCCGGUCCAUCAGCUACUGUAGGUGGCCAGAGCCAGGUCGACGAACUUAGUGGCGCUUCCAGCUGUAGUCCACUGACAGAGCUGUCUUCUUCCCAGAAACUUGAAAAUGCGGACCAUUUUGCGAUUCAUAGACCUCGACUUUCGCUUGUUGCUGUAAGCGCUCCUGAUCAACAUAGUAAUCGCGUCAAUGUACCCAAUACAACGAACGGGCUCUAUAACGCCCAGAAUAUGUCCGGUAUGAACCGCACUUCUACAUACCCCACCCCGCCUCCUAUUGCGACCCUGGAAGUGCCGCUGUCUAGCGACUCCGAGGGCGAUUCCCGCCUGACACUGUCUCGCUUUGCUUUCCGAGCGCCUCUAUCCAAACCUAAGAUCACCGACCUCGGAGGUUUGUCGUGCUGGGGUAGUACUGUCGUAGCAGACAAACUUCCAGAAUCAACCUCUGCUCCGAAAGCUAGACUGAAGCGCUCCAGUAUCCAUCGCUUCUCCAACGACUUCUCAGAUGUGCAACUUGCAUCUCUCACAACCUGCGUUAGCUGCAACUUGAAGUGGAACACGACAAAGACUGCAAGCCAAAAAGUGAUCCAUAUCCAAAACUGCGCAAAAAAGAAGUUCCUUUCCGACGAAACAGUUCGCAUGCUUAUAUACAAAGAGACUCAAUCAUCCUCGGACCAGAACGUUUCUCAACGGAGUGACCAAAAGGCUACAGAAGUCGGCCAAAAGUCGGCCACUUUCCUGGAAACGGUUGUCAAUGAAAGCUCCCGGACGAAGAAAGGCAGACGCCCUCAAAUCUUAGGGACCGUCAAGUCUCUCCCUGAAACACGCGGUAGUAUACUAGGAAGGGCGCGGACCGUCCUUGAUACUUCUAUGCAGCACGGAGGCCCCGUCGUAGACGCUCAGGUGUCUAAUUCCAUCCAUGAGGGUAGAAGCGAUGUUCCCUGCACUCAAGCUUUUGGAACUAGCAUGCUUGCUCGUCGAGGAAACUUGUAUCCUCGUGCGCAGUCGGGACCAGCGCUGACCCAGGCUUUCGGUGAAAGCGCUCUCGGCCACUUGCAAUCUAACUUGGGCCUCGUUGCGCGACAUGCUCAAACUUCUGGUCUGUGAUAUAAGCAUAGUGACGGCAGCGUGGAUCGGGGGAACGACCUACUUCUAGCGCACUAUGAUCAGGUCGAGUUCACCCCAAUUUGUUCUUUCAGAUGCAGGUUCCACUUCAAACUACUUCUAUACGCAUUUAAUUCGACGAACAUCCAUGAUUGUUAUUAAAUAUUCGGUAGACUUGCAUCGCAGUCCAUCUAUGUAUCAGCAGCUUCAACCUCAUCAUCAGAAUGUCAUGCCAGGUCAUUCCCUGUCAGCAUCUCUCACCAUGACAACGAGCCGAGCCGGGAUUGACCAAUUUGUGAUCAAUGAGCGCCUUUCCUACCUCUUUAUUCAUUUCCGUGGUGCUAUUUUGUAGCACAACAAUUCUGACUAUAAUGUUGUACUAUCGCCUUCCUCAAUAUAUAACUCACAGCAUCCCGACA